AUGUCGGCUUCUCCGUCCAACACCCAAACGGCCAAGCGCCCUCUCGAGGAUCCUUCGUCGCCCUCGGCCCCCAACGACCAGCCCGAUGCCAAGCGCCCUGCUCUCGACAAAGUAGUGAAGAAUGAUGCCGAGGCCGAGGCCGAGACCGACGUGAACAGCCAGAUCCCCACUGUGGACAACAAGGACAACCAGGGUGACACCGUCGUCACCGAUGCUCCCAACGGCAAGGCCCACGACGAGACCCAGCCCAUCCAAUCGACCGCGUCCCAUGGUGACCGCGCUGGAUCGCAAUCCGAUACGCAUGCGCCACAGGAUGAGUCGAGCUGGAUUCACAUCCGAGCCGUGAUCUCCAGCCCGGAGGCUGCUACCGUGAUCGGAAAGGGAGGUGAGAACGUGUCCCAGAUCCGCCGCAUGUCCGGCGCCAAGUGCACUGUCAGCGACUACGCUCGGGGUGCCGUUGAGCGGAUUUUGACCGUGAGCGGUCCCCAGGACGCGGUGGCCAAGGCAUUUGGCCUCAUCAUCCGUACCCUGAACAACGAACCCCUCGACGCCCCUUCCACUGCCCAGUCCAAAACGUACCCUCUGCGUUUGCUAAUUCCUCACAUUCUCAUCGGCUCCAUUAUUGGCAAGGGUGGUAGCCGCAUCCGUGAGAUUCAGGAAGCUUCUGGCGCUCGUCUCAACGCCUCGGACGCCUGCCUUCCGCUGUCGACGGAGCGAUCCCUCGUCAUCCUGGGUGUUGCCGAUGCGGUGCACAUUGCGACCUACUACGUUGCAGUUACCUUGGUAGAGCAACUGACCGAGCGGUUUGGCGGCCCUGCGGCAUCGGCUUAUGCCACGCGCAGUGGCGGCCCGGCCGGUGCUGUCCCCGGUGGCAUGCAGGUCGUGCCAUACGUUCCCCAGCCCGCUGGUGGCCAAUACGGACACCCGGAAAGCUUCUCCAAGCGUGGCCCUCAUCCCAACCGAGCUCAAGCCGGUGCCUACGGCGUUCCCUACAUGCACGGCCAACCUGCUCCCACCCCUGUCGGCCAGCCUGCCAUGCCCUAUGCUGCUGCACCGCACACCCCCUAUGCCGCUCCCACCCCUCAUCAGGCGGGCCCCUAUGUCCCCGGCCCUCAGCCUGCUCCUGCCCGCGGCGGUCCCCCUACUGCCCCUGCCCCUGUUGGCGGUGCCAUGCCUGGCCAGCCUCUGACCCAGCAGAUUUACAUCCCGAACGAUAUGGUGGGCGCCAUCAUCGGCAAAGGCGGUGCCAAGAUCAACGAAAUACGCCAUCUGAGUGGCAGCGUGAUCAAGAUCAACGAGCCUCAGGAGAACAGCAACGAGCGUCUGGUGACCAUCACCGGUACCCAGGAGUGCAACCAGAUGGCUCUGUACAUGCUAUAUUCGCGACUUGAGAGCGAAAAGCACCGCGUCUAAAGUUGAUGCCAGUAUUUCCUUGGGAGCCCCAACGGGCAUCGUACCCCAAAAGUCUACGGUGGUUUAUGCUGUUUUUGUUCUCCUUUGAUUUCACGGUGUCUCCUUACUCUUUUCUUUCGUGCUGUAUCUUAUUCGAGGCGUGUGAUUGAACCCGGGCCUCCUAAUAACCAAUCCCACAAUUUCUUCAACC